AUGUCCGCACUUCGACGUCGCCUGGUCAAUCUGGUUCAGGAUUCGCCUUCACCCACUCCUAGCCGAGAGAGCACCCCGGAUGGCGGCGAAGAAGUCAAACUCAUAUCAACGAAGAAACUUGAGAAGCUCACCAAACGCAAAAGCAGUAAGAGGAGAUCAGGUAUCUUCUUUGGUCUCGGUGGCCUCCUUGGAUUGGUUCUCGCCCUUCUUUUCGCUCAAUCUCAGGAUGUCAUCAAACUUGAGGCUUUACUCGACGUCAAUUUGGACAGUUUGAUGGAUGUAAUCCCAGCCGGUAUUGUGAAGGAUGUCAAGGAUCUCUCCAAGGCUGAACGCGAGGUCGUCAAUUACGAUUCUUUUUCUGUGGGCCUCUAUCUCCAGGCUCAGGGAAUAACCGCCCACCACCCGGUCAUCAUGGUACCUGGUGUCAUUUCCACUGGACUUGAGUCAUGGUCGACCGGACCUUCUUCGAGGCAAUAUUUCCGCAAGAGACUCUGGGGCUCUUGGUCAAUGAUGAGGGCUCUGGUCAUGGAUCAAGCUGCCUGGAAAAGACAUAUCAUGCUUGACAAGGAGACUGGGCUCGACCCACCGGGUAUCAAGUUACGAGCUGCCCAAGGAUUUGAUGCCACUGAUUUCUUCAUUACCGGAUACUGGAUUUGGAACAAGAUUCUGGAAAACCUUGCUACCAUUGGGUAUGACCCGACCAAUGCCUUUACUGCUGCCUAUGACUGGAGGCUGUCCUACCAAAACUUGGAGCUUCGCGAUCAAUAUUUUACGAAGCUAAAGAAUUACAUCGAGGUGGCCCAUAAGACAAGUGGAAAGAAGGCCGUCGUUGUCUCACAUUCUAUGGGUAGUCAAGUUCUUUUCUACUUCAUGAAAUGGGUCGAGCAUAAAGACCAUGGAAAUGGAGGCCCACGAUGGGUGAACGAUUAUAUCGAUUCGUGGAUCAAUAUUUCCGGUUGCAUGCUGGGAACGGCUAAGGAUAUUCCGGCAGUACUUUCUGGCGAAAUGAAAGAUACCGCCCAACUGAACUCAUUCGCCGUUUAUGGAUUGGAAAGGUUCUUGUCUAAGGAAGAGAGAGCUGAGAUUUUUCGAGCCAUGCCUGGGAUCUCGUCUAUGCUGCCUAAAGGUGGUGAGGCAGUAUGGGGGAAUAGCUCGUGGGCACCAGAUGAUCUGCCACCGCCGCGACAAAACCUCACCAAUGGUGUCUUUCUCUCCUUCAAACCCAAAUCAAAUUCGACGCAGAUCCCACGCAAGAACCUGACCAUGGCCGAGUCCUUCGAUUAUCUGAUGGAUCAUGCUGAGGAUUGGUAUCGUGACCAGGUUAAGCAUUCCUACUCUCACGGCGUGGCGCACACCAAAGCACAGGUCGAAAAGAAUGAGAAUAUCCCGCAGACCUGGUUGAACCCUCUAGAAGCUCGGCUUCCAAAUGCGCCGAACUUAAAGAUCUAUUGCUUUUACGGAAUUGGGAAGCCCACCGAAAGGGCAUAUUUCUACAAAGAGACCGGCAACCCCUUAUACGGGAGCAUCAACAUCACGAUCGACACCUCCGUCACCUCCAACGGCGCGAAACCACAAGAGUUGGGCUCCGUAGAUCGAGGCAUCAUCUUUGGUGAAGGAGAUGGAACGGUGAACCUCGUUUCGACGGGGUAUAUGUGCUCGAAAGGAUGGAAAGGCAUCAAGCGAUACAACCCUGGUGGGGUCAAGAUCAAGACUUACGAAAUGCCCCAUGAACCUGAUAGAUUCAGUCCUCGCGGCGGACCCAACACCGGCGAUCACGUGGAUAUACUGGGAAGAAGCAGUUUGAAUGAUUUGAUUCUCCGCGUGGCUGGCGGAAAAGGCGAUCAGAUCGAAGAGCAUUACGAAAGUCGAAUCAACGAGAUCAGCGAGCGGGUCCAGAUCUUUGAUCACGAGUAA